AUGGUUGGUGGUGUAUCAGUCAAGGACGUAAGUUCACAUGAAUUCGUCAAAGCCUAUGCUGCCCAUUUAAGGCGGUCCGGCAAAUUGGAAAUACCAAAGUGGGUCGAUCUCGUAAAGUCCGGUUCAUAUAAAGAACUAGCACCUUAUGAUCCUGACUGGUUUUAUAUCCGUGCUGCUGCUGUCGCCCGACACAUAUAUUUACGCAAUGGUGUCGGUGUAGGCGCACUACAAAAACGAUAUGGUGGUCGUAAGAGAAGGGGAACUAGACCCUCGCAUCAUUCUAAAGCCUCGGGUUCUGUGGCUCGUAAAGUGCUUCAAGCCCUAGAAAAAAUCAGUGUGUUGGAGAAGGAUCCAAAAGGGGGCCGUCGAAUCUCACAAGCCGGUCAACGAGAUCUUGAUCGCAUUGCUCAAAAAGUAGCUCAGAACAACGAGAUAUGA